CUCUUUGAGGAUUUGUCCACAAAAAACAUUGGCUGUUGUGGGACCAUUAGAAAAAAUAAAAUGGAGUUUCCACGGACGGAGUUGAAUGACCUACCGAAAAAGGCAGAAAGGGGAGAUCUGCGGUGGAUAAGGAGAGGCAAAAUCCUGUUCGUGAAGUGGAUGGACACCCGUGAAGUGUCCAUGUGCUCCACAGUGCACGAGGCCUUCAGCGGACAGACUGUCCAGCGGAAAGUGAAACAGGCUGGUGUGUGGCAGACGAAGACUGUUCCUGUUCCUGACGCUGUGCUGGACUACAACCGAAGCAUGGGCGGCGUGGAUGUGUCAGACGCUUUGAUUGGGUACUACAGCGUUCACCACAAAACCAUGAAAUGGUACAAGACUUUUUUUUACCAUUUUAUGGAAAUUGCAGUGGUGAACAGCUUCCUUCUCUACAAGGAGCUGCACAAGAUAAGGAAUGACCCCGCCGCGACGAAGCCACACACCCAGAAGUCCUUCAGGGAGAAGCUGGCUGCAGAGAUGUUGGAGUUUGCUGGAGUCCCUGCAGCAGCAGCAGCAGCAGCACCAUCCCCCCCACCGCUCACAUGCAUGCCCAUGUAUUAUGGGGAAGAUGCCUCUGCGUCGAGGAAGUACUGCAAGAACUGCUCUAAUGCUGGCUACAAGAGGGCGAAGACACCUGUGUACUGCAGGAAGUGCAUGGUCCCUCUGUGCUUCACUUCUAGAAAGAACUGUUUCAAGGAGUGGCACGACCAAACACUGCAACAUUCAGGGUGUAUACAGUUUUGCCAGUGUGUUGUUCUUUACAAAAAAAAGUGAUUGUUUUUACCUUUUGAUUUCAGAGUGUAGAUUUCUUGUGUAUUAUGUUGGUAAAAUGUUUAAAAUAAAUCUGCUUCAGUUGGAGUCAAACUUCA